AUGGGUAAGAUCAGUACCAAGGACAGCAAGGACAAGAUCCGGCACAAGCCUUUGUACAAGGACAUCACUGAGACCGGGACCUUGAGUACGGGUAAACGGUCCAAACAGUCCAAGAACGAUGAUGAGGACUUUGACGACGAACAAGUUCUUGACGCUGCUGCGUCCCGUAGAAUUCUGAAGCUCGCUAGAGAACAGCAGGAAGAAAUUGAGAGCGAAGAGAACCACAUCAAGGUUGCGGAGAAACCAAGAUUCCAGAUGAUCUCUCCCGAGUCCGACGAUUCGGACGCGGAUGCGGCUUACGAAGACAUGACAGACGAAGGUGAAGACGAAUACUACGAUGACGACGAAGUCGAAGAGAUCGACGAAGAGGAAGCCAAGCUUUUUGAUUCAUACUUCAAGUCAGGAGACAACGCUUUUGGCAGUUUCAACCUUGCAGACAAAAUUAUGGCCAAACUGGAAGAGACCAAACAGACCAAGACCGAACAGACAGAAAGACCACAGGACAAAGUUUUCCUCCCACCGCGGGUGAUAGAGGCUUACGAAAAAGUCGGACAAAGUUUGCAUCAUUGGAGAAACGGAAAACUGCCAAAACUAUUCAAAGUGCUCCCAAGUAUCAAGAACUGGGAAGAUUUGAUUUUCGUCACCAACCCAGAAGCAUGGACUCCUCAAGUGGUUUACGAGGCCACGAGAUUGUUCGUUUCUAACUUGACUGCUAAUAAAGCGGAGAGGUUCGUCAAUUUGGUACUAUAUCCAAGAAUUAGACAGGACAUCGAAGAGAGUGACGAACAUAAACUUAAUUACCAUCUCUAUCGGUCCUUGAAGAAGAGUCUUUAUAAACCAGCAGCUUUCUUCCGUGGAUUCCUGUUCCCAUUGAUCCAAGAAGGAUGCACAACAAGGGAGGCAAUGAUCGUGGGAUCAGUUUUGACAAAGUGUUCUGUCCCUGUCCAGCACUCAUCUGUUGCACUCUCGUGGCUUUUGGAACAAGAAUUCAACCCUGCAACCACUGUUUUUAUCAGAAUUCUUGUUGAGAAAAAGUAUGCAUUGCCAUACCAAACCAUCGAUGACUUGGUGCUUUAUUUCAUGAGAUUCCGUGUGAUCACAGACCAGAACAAGAACGACAUCAUUUUGGACGACGCCACAGAGAUCGCUGAGCAAAGACGUCUCGCACAAUCUCCUCCAAUGCCAUUGGUCUGGCACAAAGCAUUUUUGGCAUUCGCACAACGGUAUAAGAAUGAUAUCACCGAAGACCAGCGCGAUUUCCUGAUGGAGGUGGUGAGACAGCGUGGACACCGUGAGAUUGGUCCAGAAAUUAGACGUGAACUGCGUGCGGGAAGCGAACGGUCAACGACCACCGCACCAAAGGAGGACAAAGAGGACGAUAUCAUGUCUUUCUUCUAA